CAAAAUACCAAUAUUACUUGAUAGUUUAGAUAUAAUGAGUUUACCGCAGAAUUGUAAGAAUGAAGAUGAAAUGCAGAAAAAAUUCAUAAAGUUUUUUAUCUCUUUAAAGAGACAAAUUAAAUGUAAUAUCAUUGAUAUGUCAACUUCAAACUGGCUAAAGGGUCUUAUUGGAAAGAUUAAUAUUUCUAUAGUUGAUGGAUCACAAGUUUUGUAG